GCGCUCUGGCUCGUGUGCAUGAUCUGGAGCUGCACUCUAGAAACAUGUAACGGAAGGAACGUCAAGCCAGCUCGAUCGAUUAUUUCCGGCCUCCCGCCCAGCAUGCUAGCGCAGCAACAGCAGCAGUCACACACUCCGAAACGACGAUCCGGGUCGGACCUGAGGACGCGUGGAGGUAGAACGGCUGAACGCUGAUGCCGUCCCAUCGUAGCGCACCCUGCGGUACAAUUGUUUACUGCGCUCCGUGAGUCUCUCCUGCACUCCGUAGCCUGAUGCCCAUGCACUGCAAUGAUGGACAACCUGGCGCUAGCGUCCGUAGCGAUGGCGGAGAAACGCUUCAAAAGCGCCAGCAGCAGUUGUCCAAGCAGCUCAGUGCGCCCCUGCCCAGCAGCGUACCGCGUUCUCGACGGGCUUCGGAAGAUUUCAGCAGGUCACAGAGCGUCGCUACCAGACCCUCCUUGCUUACGCCCAGUGCGGCGAGCAAGAAAUCACAUGCACCUGUUCGCCAUUGCAAGGGACCAGCUCCACAGCCUCCGGGAGGACCUCCGAAGAGCAUGGCGUAUGUCCGCUUUACACCAGGGGCAGCCAUUGGUACUACUAGUGCUAGUAGUGGUAGUAAGAUUGCAAGAGUGAGCGAAUCACCGGACAGAACAUGUCAUCGUAAAGUGUCAGCUGAGCGACGAGUCAGCGCGGAGUCAGGCAACAUCACUACGCUGCUAGCUGACGAUGCCCGUAUCAAGGCCAUCAAACAGCGAGAGGAGGAGCUGUUCACGCAGCGACAACAGGAGACUGGGAGAUAUCAUUCAACAACAGCUUCGGAUGAUUCAAUUGCUAGCGGGUCCACAACGAAGCUAGGGUAUCCUCCGGCAGUAAUCAGACCCAACGGACGCCGACCGGAGCGUCCCAAGAGUUUACCAUCGGGCGUUCAGCGCCGAGUGACGUUUCCAGCAGCACCCUUUGCUGUCCCCGGAGAAGAACCAGGAACGGGACGCAGCGAACUUGGCGACGGUGGUGGGAUUUACGCGUGUAUCGAUGACGAGCAGACCCGGGAAAGAAUGCCGACAGUAGACGAACUAAAAGCAGCGGGCAUUCGAGAGCGGCUAGUGCCUCGACGGAGUGAUGUAGGGGCAAAGGACUUGGCCAUAUGGGGUGGCGCUGGCUCGAUAGAAUUUCCAUUGACACUGCGACUGCGGCACAGUGACUCGCUGGGAAAUCGUACCGUGGCGGAAGGUAGUGAAAUCACGCUGUGUGCUGUGCGCAGCAAGGAGCUAGCGCGGUUAGUGGGAAUCGAUGCUGAUCAACAGAGUAUAAGUUAUGAACCAGUGGAAAGCAGUGCUGGCAACACUAACACACUGUAUGAAGUGGUACGUGGACACCAAGCCCCAGGGUCUCGACCAAAUUACCUGUGGAAUACAACAUCAUACUCAAACUUGCAGCAGUGCCUGACCAACAGUCCCUCCAAGCGGCGCAUUCGCCUCACCGACGACUUCGUCCUCAACAAUGACAUCAUGCUGAAGAAAGGCGAAGAGUUUAUCGUCGCCUGUGAUACGGUUUCAAUGGAUACACUAUCGGUUACUCACAUACCGUGCUGGCGACUAUCAGCGUUGUCGGAAGUGGCAAGGGCAAUGGCAACUGCAGGUACUGUAAGCGCACACUCGAGCGGGCAUACACACUCGCCGUCGUGGCAAACGGUGGAACUGGUCAUGCUGCCACUGAACGAUGACAUGGGCGUUCAGGAGUGUGUCAACUCCCAGCUGCUGCGUUUGUCUCAGCUCGCACAGCGCUACUGCACACAACUACCCAUGCAGAUCAUAGCGUAUGAACAUGUGCCAGUACAGCCGGCGGUGUUUGCACGGUCUGGUGACGCGGCGGCACAACUGCACAUCUCCACGUCCUCACAACUAUCCCUGGAAGCCAUGACAACGGAGACUAUGCUACUGCUACUCAUUGCUGACCAUCCUGUUUUGGUAUCUGAUCGUCACACGUUCAGAUGUGACCUAGUCCCAGCCUCUUCACCACCAUCUGCUUCGCAGCUGUGCAGAGCACUGGCUGGUCCGGCCGCACAGUCACUCAUGACUCAGCAAUACGGGGGCAAGGCCCCUCCCACCAUGACACCGGUCAUGACACUGGAGAGACAAGCUUUCCCCGAAGAGGACUACAUGGAUAUGAGAGAACGUAGGUCAUACUGUGUGUGUGUGUGUGUCUCUCCAGGCCAGAGGCGGCCCUCUCCGGGCCGCCUCAAGGCCAGCAAAGCGCUUUCGACGAGGGGACCGACACAGCUAAAGGACGGGACGGCGUUUGAUGCCGUCACCUUUGACUGCGCCCUUCAUCGCCACUCGCGGAGGUUUGACAAGCCCCCGAGCGGAUCCCAUCGCGCGCCAUGAAAUUUGUUGAAGAGAGGAGAGAGAGAAGGAGACGCCAUCUGUUGCGCUUUGGAUGCUGGAAUGUCAGGUCCCUGGUGGAGCGCGACGGAUGUGUAUCUGCUCUCGCCGGUUCCGACUAGUCUCGCAUCUGGAGCGCCAUCGGGUGGCGUGCUCUUUCUCUCUCUCUGCUGCCCCUCCGGGGCCCACGUGACCCUAGUGGUAGUGGCUCUACAGGACAGGACAGGACAGGUGUGUGUGUGUGUGUGUGUGUGUGUGU